GCAGUGUAGAACACUGCACGAGAUUCUGGGAUUGGCAUUAAAAUGCUAAUUUCAAAGGUCGGGUAAAGCUGGUGCUCACGUUUUCCGUGCCUGCACUCACUGCAAGGAGAACAAAGACCCAGCCAGAGGAGGCAGCGGCUGACACUCAUCCCAACCCUGUUUCCCUGAGACAAUUUUGGAACCAUGCCUGAAAUGCCGGAGAACAUGGAACAGGAGGAAGUUAACGUCCCCAAUAGGCGGGUUCUGGUUACUGGUGCCACUGGGCUUCUUGGCAGAGCUGUGUACAAAGAAUUUCAGCAGAAUAAUUGGCAUGCCUUUGGCUGUGGUUUUCGAAGAGCAAGACCAAAGUUUGAACAGGUUAAUCUAUUGGAUUCUGAUGCAGUUCAUCACGUCAUUUAUGAUUUUCAGCCCCAUGUCAUAGUACAUUGUGCAGCAGAGAGAAGGCCAGAUGUUGUAGAAAAUCAUCCAGAUGCUGCGGCUCAACUUAAUGUGGACGCUUCUGGGAAUUUAGCAAAGGAAGCAGCUGCAAUUGGAGCCUUUCUAAUCUAUAUUAGCUCAGAUUAUGUAUUUGAUGGAACAAAUCCUCCUUAUAGAGAGGAAGACAUACCAAGUCCCCUAAAUCUGUAUGGCAAAACAAAAUUAGAAGGAGAAAAGGCUGUCCUGGAAAACAACUUAGGAGCUGCUGUUUUGAGAAUUCCUAUUCUGUAUGGAGAAGUCGAAAAGCUCGAAGAAAGUGCCGUGACUGUUAUGUUUGAUAAAGUGCAGUUCAGCAACAAGUCGGCCAACAUGGACCACUGGCAGCAGAGAUUCCCCACGCAUGUCAAGGACGUCGCCGCCGUGUGCCGUCAGUUAGCGGAGAAGAGAAUGCUGGAUCCGUCGAUUAAAGGAACUUUUCAUUGGUCUGGCAAUGAACAGCUGACGAAGUAUGAAAUGGCGUGCGCCAUCGCAGAUGCCUUCAACCUCCCCAGCAGUCACCUAAGACCUAUAACUGACAGUCCUGUCUUAGGAGCACAGCGUCCAAGAAAUGCCCAGCUUGACUGCUCCAAGUUAGAGACGUUGGGCAUCGGCCGGCGAACACCUUUUCGAAUUGGAAUCAAAGAAUCACUCUGGCCUUUCCUCAUCGAUAAGAGAUGGAGACAAACGGUCUUUCAUUAGUGUAUGUCUUUUUUGUAAUGAUACAUAUAGUCUGUGGCACUUUUUAAAGAACAAAGGAAAUAGUUUUGUAUGCGUGCUCUUUGUGACUCAUGAUCUUUCAGGUAAAUGAUACCCUUGCACUAGUGAAAUUGUGUAAAAAACAGGUUAAUGAUGCCUGUGUCUAAAGUAAUGUUUCUUUUCAUCCUUUUGUUCUGGCUCUGAGUAUAGUAGAUGAUGAUUAUUACAUAUUUUGAGAGUCAGGAUGAAACAUCUGCUGUACACUUUUUUGGGGGGUGGGGGGAUGAAAGGCAUUAUCCAUUCCUAUAACCUCUAUGUUUUCAGGACUCCUGCAACUGUUGACCCUUUUGUUUUAAAGUGUGUUAAAUAGUAUGAAAAUCAUUGGUGUUCAUGAUUUGCUUUGCUUGAGCGCAGAUCAAAAUGUUUGAAGAAAGAAACUUUAUUUUUGCAACCUGAGUACAGUUUUUAUGCUUGAGAUAUUUCAACGUGUUACGUAUAUUGGAGCUCCUGCAUCUUGAUGCCUCCUGCUUUUGUAGCAGUGAGCACUUGAGAGAGAGCAUGCGUGUAUGUAUUUUUUUAAAGAUAUAUAAAAGUGUCCUUUUCACUCCAUGUUACAAAGUGAUAUUUCAUAUGUGUGAUUAAUAAUGGCAUUGUAAGUAUUUUGAUCAUUCAUGAAUAAUAAACAUGUACUGCUGGCAUGGUAAA